AACUUAAUGGUAAAGAAUCUCCAUUCAUAUUCCCUAACAUCAUUAUAACUAGCUGUAAUCAUUGAAAAACUUUUAAGAAAAGAUUAUUUCACAUUCACAUGCAUUCUGAUAUAUCCAUAUAUGUAUACAAACAGACAAUCAAAUUCAAAGGGGUCAUCAGCUUCAACAACACACUCUUGUGUCACUUCGAACAACAUCAGAACCAUCAACAAGGAUGUGAAUCCAGACAUUCCGAGUAAUUCAGCUGAUCAUCAAGAAAAUCAUGAUGAGGGCUUGUCAGAAUCAGCUUCAACAGUGCACACGUACAUCUAUUCAAGCCACAUAAGAACCAUCAACUUGGAUGUAAAUGAAGACAUUGUUCUUUGUACUUCAGCUGAUCAUCAAAAUGAUGAGAACAUUGGACCAGAGAGACAUCUCAAGGACCAGCCUAGUUCCAAGGAGUCCCUUGACAGCUAAUGUGAACAAUUCCAAUUGGUUGUCCAAGUUUUGUUUGCCAACAAGAUGGGAACCAGCAGUGGAGGAGGCAUUGAAAAGGCAGGAACUAAAUCCAAAUGAAAAAAAUGCAUUAAACAGGCAAUUAACUUCUUCAAUUUUGGCACAUACUGAAUCGCCAACUGUUCAUGAAAGAAAACACAUUGCUCUUAUGUUAAUUCAAAAGUAUCCAUUCUUAAAGGGAUCAUUUGGUUCUGGUCAUCAACUAUGGGCAAACAAAAUAGCAGACCGAGUCCUUAGUCUGCGAAGAAGAGCAUCCCAAGCUCAAAAACGAAAGCGGCUUGAAGAAGGGGUCCUAAUUCCAAAGGGAAAACCAGGUAGGAAAAGUAAGAAAUCAGCUUGCAAUUCUCUCCCAUCUCUUCCAGAAGGUGAAACAAAAGCAGCUAUUGUAAUUCAACAAAAGCAGUUGGUUGAAAUGUUUAAUAUUGGCUCGCAAGACUUGAGCAAGAUCAAUGUGUUGAUGAACAAUACCUUUGCUCAUCGGCGUAGAGACAUUUUGGUGAACAAUACAAGGGUUUGGAAGCUUCUGCAUGACUACCCUUUUUUCAAACACACCAAGGGAGUUGAACUGAAAGCAGAGUUAGGACGUAUUUUGGAGAAGAGUGAUGUUGUGCAAGACAUGAAGGAACAAUGGAAUUUGCACAAAUAUAAAAUGCUGUCUGCUAUUAAAAAUACAAAGCAAAAGAAUGUCAGCAGUAUCCUUGAAGAGCUGGAGGAUUGUCCAGUUGAAGAGGAGGAAGAGGUCAAGAACUGGUGUAUAAUGGCAUGUUUGCCUUUUGUGUUAGAUGACCAACGCACCCAUCAAGAUAUGAACAAAAAGCUAUUUUGGGACAUUGUUGAUGGUUAAAGAUUGGGGGAAGUUCAAGAGAUCAUUAACAAAAGUUCGUCUCCUAGACUCCUAUCAACAGGAACAUUAAGAAACAUUCAUUCAAUAAUGUUGGUGGCUGAGGGGAUGAUUGUGGCAAAGUUGAAAACAGAAAAUAUUGUCAACGCAGUUAUUAUUUUACUUAGUUCUUUUUAUACUUUUAAUGCUGAGUAUCCUAAAGGCGUUAAUGGACAUGGCAAAAAUGUAUUUAUUCUUUUAGAACAUUUGCUUUUAAAUUCGAGUGGCAAUUGUAAGGCUCAAUUGCCAACUUUUGUCGAUAAUUUUAUUUCUUCUAUGAAGUAGAAAACUUUUGUAGUGUUAAUUAAUGGCAUGUAGUAGAGGUUUUAAGUAUUCUGUGUUUGCAAAAAUGUGCUAUUUCUAA